GGAUGGUUGGUUGAAAAGUUCAAAAUGGAGACUUGGUGGCUGGGUAUUAGCUUGCAGGGAAACUCCAUGAAUUGAAGAAAGGUCAUAAACAGUAGACAAGUGUGAUUAAGAUUUUUUCUUCUCUUAAAGAAUUCAGUUAAUUCGCAAUUCAAACUGUAAGAGAGAGUGGUGGAAGGUAUGAACUUCAUAGGAUUUGGAGUGAUGGGUUUAAAAGUUCAGGUCUUUCUGUUGGUUAUUUCCAUCCAAAGUGUGGUUACAAGAGUGGAGGCCGAUAAUCAAGAUUUUGUUGCUUUAAAAUCUCUCAUGGAUAGCUGGAAGAACGCACCAUCCAGUUGGAUUGGCUCUGAUCCAUGUGGUAAUGAUUGGGAAGGAAUCAAGUGCAACAAUUCACGCGUGACUUCCAUAUUUCUAUCAAGCAUGAACUUGAUUGGUCAGCUGUCUGGAUACAUCCAGUCAUUAUCUGAGUUGCAGACUCUGGAUCUAUCAUACAACAACGGCUUAAAGGGAUCUCUUCCCUCAUCAAUUGGAAAUUUAAAGAAGUUAUCAAACUUAAUUCUGGCCGGUUGCAGUUUUAGUGGUAUGAUUCCAGACUCAAUAGGAUCUCUCCAGCAGCUGGUUUUCUUAUCUCUGAAUUCUAAUAGCUUCAGCGGACCAAUACCACCUUCCAUUGGAAAUCUAUCAAAUCUAUAUUGGCUAGAUCUUUUUGAUAACAAACUUAGUGGAGCCAUCCCAGUUUCUGAUGGGAUCACACCUGGUCUGGAUAUGCUAGUUCAUACGAAGCACUUUCACUUUGGAAAGAAUAAUCUAUCCGGUGAAAUUCCAUCUCAGCUUUUCAGCUCGAACAUGGUUCUUAUACAUUUGUUACUUGAUGACAACCAGCUAACAGGCAGCAUCCCUUCCUCACUGGGACUUGUGCAGACUUUGGAGGUGGUACGCCUUGAUAGAAAUUCAUUAGGAGGACCAGUUCCAUCAAAUUUUAACAACCUUACCCAUGUCAUGGAGCUGUUUUUGUCCAACAAUAUACUCACUGGUCCACUGCCAAAUCUUACUGGCAUGAAUUCCCUCAAUUAUUUGGAUAUGAGCAAUAACACAUUUGAUGUAUCAAGUGUUCCUCCAUGGUUUUCAUCCUUCCCAUCUUUGACAGCACUAAUAAUGGAAGGGACAAGACUUCAAGGACAAAUUCCAGUUGAGCUCUUCAGCCUUUCUGGGUUGCAAACUGUCAUACUAAAAAACAACCAGCUUAAUGGCACCUUGGAUAUUGGCUCCAGCUAUAGCGAUCACCUGCAACUCAUUGAUUUGCAGUACAAUUAUAUUACUGCUGUUACGCUAAGAGUGGAAAACAAUAUUGAGUUAAUACUUUUAGGCAAUCCAAUUUGUGAGAAAGCGGAAAGUACAGAAAAAUACUGCACCAUUCAACAGUCCAAUAUUUCAUAUUCAACACCACCACAUAAUUGUGAGCCUGCUCCCUGCAGCUCAGAUCAAAUUUCCAGCCCCAGCUGUAAAUGCGCAUAUCCAUACACGGGCACCCUAUUUUUCAGAGCUCCUUCCUUCUCAAACCUGGGGAACUCGAGGGUCUAUAUUCCUCUCCAAGACUCUCUGAUGAAUUCUUUUAACUCGUAUGUACGCCUGGUGGAUUCAGUUUCUCUGAGUAAUCCAACCAUAAAUUUGGCUUAUUACCUUGAAUUGAACCUGGAAGUUUUUCCAUCUGGCCAAGAACAUUUCGACCGAACUGGAAUUUCUCUGAUUGGGUUCAUGUUGAGCAACCAAACUUUCAUGCCCCCAAGCAAUUUUGGAAGCUACUUUUUCCUUGGUGAAAACUAUGUUUACUUCGCAGCUGAAGGAGUUCCGAACAUUACAACAACAUCACCACCAACAACUACCCAGCCCUUUUUCCCAGCUGAAGGAGGUCGGGCCAUUAAGUGGUGGAAAUGGCUUGCCAUCUCAGUAGGAGGAGCUCUAGUUAUAAUUUUAUUCUGCUACUUGUGCUAUUUAAGAUUGAGAAGGGUAAUAAAAGAUAAGAGAAAAACAAAAAUAUUAUUAGAGCUCGGAGUUCCUACAAAAUAUAAGGACAACAAGAAGGGCCACGAGCUGCAAGUAUUCAACUUCCAAAGCAUAGUGGUUGCCACAGACAAUUUCUCAGAUACAAAUAAGCUUGGAGAGGGUGGUUUUGGAUCUGUUUACAAGGGAAACUUUCCCGAUGGAGAAGUUAUAGCAAUAAAAAGGCUUUCAAGGAGUUCAGGACAAGGAUUAGUGGAGUUCAAGAAUGAGAUUUUACUCAUUGUCAAGCUCCAACACAAUAAUCUUGUUAGGCUUCUGGGAUGUUGCAUUGAAGGAGAAGAAAAACUGCUCAUUUAUGAGUAUAUGCCCAACCAAAGCCUGGAUUCCUUCUUAUUCGAUCCCAAUAAAAAGUCAUCCUUAGAUUGGAAAAAACGUGUUGCCAUCAUCGAAGGGAUUGCUCAAGGACUUCUUUACCUUCACAAGUAUUCAAGAUUGAAAAUAAUCCAUAGAGAUUUAAAAGCCAGUAAUGUAUUACUUGAUGAAAAAAUGAACCCAAAAAUAUCAGAUUUUGGCUUGGCUAGAAUAUUUGGGGAGAAUGAAUCUGAAGCAAAUACAAAGAGGAUUGUUGGAACAUAUGGUUACAUGUCUCCGGAAUAUGCAAUGGAGGGCCUUUUUUCAAUUAAAUCUGAUGUGUUUAGCUUCGGAGUGUUGUUGCUUGAGAUUGUAAGUGGAAAGAAGAAUCAUAGUUGCUAUCAUUCUGAACGCCCACUGAACCUUAUAGGAUAUGCGUGGGAAUUAUGGAAAGAAAAUAGAGGAUUAGAGCUUAUAGACCCUACAUUGGACAAUUUAUUUCAAAGUAAUGAAGUGCUGAGAUGCAUUCAUGUAGGUCUCUUAUGUGUACAAGAUAAUCCAAUAGAUAGACCUACCAUGUCAGAUGUAAUUUCUAUGCUCACUGAGGAAACUAGACCACUUUCUACACCUAAACAACCAGCCUUUUUCAUUGGUAGGAAUGUGCUUGAGGCAGAUAUUUCCCAAGGCAUGCCAGAAAUUUAUUCUGUCAAUAAUGUGUCAAUUUCAGAGAUGGAAGCUAGGUAAAGGUACCAAUGAUUUGUUUGCAUUAUGUAUUCAUAAUACUUUAUAUUCAGUUUUCCAAUUUAACAGCAAAGUUGUAUGAAUAAAGUGAAUUUAUUAUGUGUCCAACUCUGUUUAUAAGAUUGUUUAUAGUAUUGAUCAUUUUUUGUUUUA